GAGCGCGGGAAAAAUUGAUUCCUCCUAGGUUAUUUCAACAGUCGAGAAAAUUAGACAGCCCUACUAAAAUCCCAAUCCAUUUCCUCUAUUGUAACUAACAUUAUCAAAUUUUCAUUUUCAACAAUGGUUUCUUCAACAACAGUUGUUUCAAGGAGAAGAACCCAAGCUCUAAGACCCGCAAGAACUUCAUCUAGGAAUAAGUCCAAAUCUAGGAAAAUUGUGGAAGAUGAAUUAAGUGAUACGUUAUGUGAGAAAUGUGGAUCUGGAAAUUACCCAGCUCAGCUUUUGCUUUGCGACAAAUGUGACAGAGGAUUUCAUCUGUUUUGCUUAAGGCCCAUUCUUCCAUCUGUGCCUAAAGGCUCUUGGUUUUGCCCCUCUUGUGAUGACAACCAAAAUCUGACCAAAUUUCCUCUUGUACAAACAAAGAUAGUUGAUUUUUUCCGGAUUCAGAGACCAUCAAGCUCAACUAAUGAGCUUACUCCGGGCAAAGAUUGCCAGAAAAAAAGAAAGCGUAGUAGUAGCUUGGUAAGAACAAAGAAGAGAAGAAGAUUAUUGCCCUUCAAUCCUACUAAGGAUCCUACUCGGAGAUUGGAACAAAUGACAUCUCUUGCUACUGCCUUGUUAGCAGCUGGAGCAGAAUUUAGUAAUGAGCUUACUUAUAUGGAAGGCAUGGCCCCACGAUCAGCUAAUCGUGCAGCACUUGAGCGAGAGGGAAUGCAGGUGUUAUCGAAAGAAGAUACAGAAACUUUACAUUUGUGCAAGAACAUGAUGAAGCAGGGCGAAUGGCCACCGCUUAUGGUUGUUUUUGAUCCCAAAGAGGGAUUUACUGUUGAAGCAGAUGUGUUCAUAAGAGACUGGACAAUAAUUACAGAGUAUGUUGGAGAUGUUGAUUACCUGAAGAAUCGUGAAGAUGAUGAUGGAGAUAGCAUGAUGACUCUUUUAAGUACUAAUGAUCCUUCAAAGAACCUCGUGAUUUGUCCCGAUAAGCGCAGUAAUAUUGCUCGUUUCAUCAAUGGGAUAAACAAUCAUACUCCUGAUGGGAAGAGGAAGCGGAAUGUGAAGUGUGUGAGAUUUGAUGUUGAUGGUGAAUCCCGAGUUUUAUUGAUCGCAAGCAGAGACAUUCGAAAGGGAGAGAGGCUAUAUUAUGAUUAUAAUGGUUAUGAAAACGAAUAUCCAACAGAGCACUUUGUUUGACCUCAUAGGAUCCAAAAAUCUCUUAACUGAUUUGUCCAGAUUUUGUUUCUAAACUUUUUAAUUUAUUGAUCUGCGGUGCCAUGUAAACACAAGGGCAAGGUGGAGGGGUAUAGGGGAAUGAUUGUCUAGGGUGCACCAAAUGUAAAGGAUUCCUAGUUUUUGGUCUCAUGAUCCAUUCUCACAUUAUUCAAGAUAUUUUGUGGCCUCAUUAACUUGACAAGUCGAGAAGCUUUUGUGUACAAAUAUUAGCUAUCAUUUGAUUCAUUUUGUAAUUUCUGCAAGUUAAUCUACUGAUUUGUCUUGGUCC